CCGCCAUGUCCGUCCUCGCACCCAUCAUUUGUGAUAACGGCACUGGUUUCUCAAAAGUUGGGUUCGCAGGCAACUCCGACCCUUCAUUUGUGUUUCCGACAGCCAUUGCGACGCGCGGGCCCGUUCAACAACCCAGCCGCUCAGGCCCAGCCGUUCCCCCGCGCCCCGGCAAUCUCGCAUCCAAGCGCGGCGUGGAGGACCUUGAUUUCUUCAUCGGCGACGAGGCACUCGCGAACGCACAGACACCGGGCUAUGGCGUGUACUACCCUAUUCGUCAUGGGCAGAUCGAGAACUGGGAUUACAUGGAGCGGUAUUGGGAGCAAACCAUCUUCAAGUACCUUCGCGCCGAGCCCGAGGAUCACUACUUUUUGCUGACUGAGCCGCCGCUCAACCCUCCCGAGAACCGCGAACAAACUGCCGAGAUCUUCUUCGAAUCGUUCAACAUCAAGGGCCUUUACAUCGCUGUGCAGGCUGUGCUCGCACUCGCGGCAUCGUGGUCCUCGAACCGCGUCACAGACCGCACGCUCACGGGUACGGUCAUCGACUCCGGCGACGGUGUCACGCAUGUCAUCCCCUGUGCGGAGGGCUACGUCAUCGGCAGCGCGAUCAAGCACAUCCCCAUCGCCGGGCGCGACAUCUCGCAGUUCGUGCUCAACCUGAUGCGCGAGCGCGGAGACAUGACGACUGUCCCGCCCGAGGACCAGCUCAAGGUCGCGGGUAAAGUCAAAGAGAACUACAGCUACGUGUGCCAGGACAUUGUGAAGGAAUUCCGGAAGUACGACCAGGAGCCGUACAAGUACUUUGAGCGGUACGAGGGCGAGCAUACUGUCACGGGGCGUAAAUACUCGGUAGAUGUCGGUUACGAGCGGUUCCUUGCGCCUGAGAUCUUCUUCAACCCCGAAAUCUACUCGUCUGACUUCCUGACACCUCUACCCGAAGUUGUCGAUGGCGUUAUUCAACAAACACCUAUCGAUGUUCGACGUGGUCUUUACAAGAACAUUGUUCUCUCCGGAGGAUCGACAAUGUUCCAGCACUUUGGUCAACGCCUGAAACGAGACUUGAAGCAGAUAGUGGACCGCAGGCUCGAUGCGAGCGUCACGGCAAGCGGCAGCCACAUGCGAUCGUCUGGUGUUGACGUCGAAGUCAUCUCGCACAAGCGCCAACGGUAUGCCGUCUGGUUUGGUGGAUCUCUCCUCGCAUCACUCCCCGAGUUCUAUUCCUUCUGCCACACGAAGGCGCAGUAUGACGAGGUCGGCCCAAGCAUCUGUCGUCGAUACCAGAUCUUCGGAAGUGCAACGUAGAAACAAUGUUAGCUGGAAUGGCCCGGUGUAUUAUCAUAUCAUACCACAAGGACACACAAUACGAAGAUGCUA